AGGGCCCCCACCGUCUGAGCUUCCUCUAUAAGACUAGCCCCGCUAAUCCUCCACUAGACUCUUCCUUUCUCCCUGCUGCCCCUUUUGCUCUUCUCGGUGUAAGCGUGUGCGCGUUUCACUGCUUUGGUUUCAUCUCCCGCUCUUUCUUUCCCCCCACUGCUCCGGCCUAGUGCUGGAACGAGGAAACCUCAUGCAGCCGCCGGCCGGGGAGCGGUAGAGCGUCGGAGAUGGGCUGGGCGCCCAGAUGGCUGCGCGGGCUGCUCGGCGGCGGCAAGAAGGCCGCUGAGACGAAGUCCGUGAAGGAAAAGAGGCGCUGGGGGUUCGGGAAGUCCUUCAGGGAGAAGGCGCCGGCGCCGGUGGCGGCGCGGCCUCCGACGCCUCCUGUGCAGCCCACGGCGACGCCUCGCCGCGGGUACGCGCCGGCGCCGGAUGAGGCGGACGACGAGCAGAGCAAGCGCGCCAUCGCGGUGGCCGCGGCCACAGCGGCGGUGGCAGAGGCCGCCGUCGCCGCGGCGCAGGCGGCCGCCGCCGUGGUGCGGUUGACGAGCAGCGGGCGGUGCGCGCCGGCCGCCGCUAAGCGGGAGGAGUGGGCGGCUGUUCGGAUCCAGGCCGCUUUCCGUGGAUACCUGGCGAGGCGGGCACUGAAGGCGCUGCGGGGGCUGGUGAAGCUGCAAGCGCUGGUCCGGGGCAACAUCGUGCGGCGGCAGGCGGCGGAGACGCUGCGGUGCAUGCACGCGCUCGUCCGCGUCCAGGCUCGCGCCCGUGCCUGCCGCGCGAUUCGCUCGCAGCAGGUCGCGGCUCACCCGGAUCCGCCGACGCCGGAGAAGUACGAUCAGGCGGGUGCCCCCAGGCACGGCCGUUCCGGCUCUCUAAAGGGGAGCUCGUCGAAGACACCGGGUAGCGAGAGGCUGGGCAGGGAGAGGUCGGAAUCUUGCGGGAGGAACUGGCUGGACCGGUGGGUGGAGGAGAGGUACAUGGACGACGAGAAGAACGCCAAGAUUCUUGAGGUGGACAACGGCAAGCCAGGGCGGUAUGCUUCCAAGAGGCGCGGCGGCGGCGGCAACCACCACCAGUCGCCGUGCUCCACGAUGACGUCCGACCAGAACAGCCGGAGCUACGCGACCAUGCCGGAGUCGCCGUCCAAGGACUCCACGACCGCGCAGCAGUCCGUGCCGAGCCCGCCGUCGGUGGGCAUGGGCGAGGCCCUGAGCCCGCUCCGCCUGCCCGUGGACAUCGCCGAGCUCUGCGACAGCCCGCAGUUCUUCUCGGCGACGUCGCGGCCGGGGAGCUCCCGGAGGGGGCCCUUCACCCCGAGCAAGAGCGAGUGCUCCCGCAGCCUCUUCGGGGGCUACUCCGACUACCCCAACUACAUGGCGAACACGGAGUCGUUCCGCGCCAAGGCGCGCUCCCAGAGCGCGCCCAAGCAGAGGCCGCAGUACGACAAGUCCAGCUCCCUCCGCAAGGCGUCGGCGGCGCAGGCCUGCUUGGCGGGGCCGUGCGCGCCGACGGCGGCCACGGCGCAGCAGAGGCCAGCGGCCUCGCUGCACGCCAAGUUCACCAACAAGGCGUACCCGGGCUCUGGCAGACUGGAUCGACUCGGCAUGCCCGUCAAGUACUGAUCCUAUUAUCCUACCAAAGCUGCUUUCAGGAUAAAGUGGUGUUGCUUCUUGAGCGAUCAGUGUCUCAACUCUGUUGAUGAAGUAAAAUCUACUAGUGGUUGUUAGGUUUCGUGCCUUCCUGGUGCUGUUACCGUCAACAGUUUUCUGUUUCUUGCUUUUUAGUAGCGAAGUGUAAGUUGGUUGUAGCUGCCCUGUAAUACUUACUAUCUGUGCUUUAACAGUUUAACUGCUAACAACUUCCGUCUGCAUUUCCUUGCUAUACAUAUAUAUAUAGUGUGUGCUGUUAAUCU